AUGCUGUCCAAGAGCCUGUCCAAGGACCGCAAUCGCAAAGUAACUCCACCAGGACCAGUAUACAUGAACAAUGACCAGUUUGCUUCCUACCUCUCCGACCUGCGUAACAACCGCGUAGCUCGACCAAGCGGUGCCAGACCUCCCCCUCCAAGCAACAGGCGCGAGUUCCAGAGAGGUACUGCCUCACCAGCUCCCACAGAGCCAGCACCCGAGUCGCCGGAACCCGAGACCGCCCCUCGAUCUUCAAGCGCCUUCUCGCAUAGACGGGCACAAUCGUCCCUUUCCAGCUACUCUUCCAUAAAUUCUCGAAGCGGCCGACAACAAGUACAAUUCCCAGCAGCCUCCCCCACAACUGCAAAACCUCUGAAAGCGAGCGAUGUCGUACCAACGUCUACAUACAUGGAGCGAGGACUGCGCUGGAUGGAGAAGGAAGAGGCUGUAUCACUGAGAGAAGCUAUGGAGGACUUGGAUCUGAAGAAGCAAGAAGAGGAGGAGGCCCGACUUCAUGCAGCGGCGCAAGACGAGGCUUCGGAACUGGUCUUUCAACAUCAAAAUCCAGAGGCCGCGGUCAAUCCUGAUGCCCCAUUCCGAUACAAGGACCACCUACGAAAGAACAGCUACCAGCAAGCACGCGCUCAGAGUCUUGGCCGAGCUGGUGGGUUAAGCAUUGUAACUGGUCUGGCGAGAGACAUGGCUCGGACCGUGCCAGGGGAACCAAGCAGCAGUGGAGGGAUGCGAUCUCCACCAGGGCGCAUCUCCUGUGACAGUACCGACCGCUUCCAGAGAAACAGGAAUGCCAGCCCUGAUACUGCAGUUCGUGGAUCCCUCGAUUCUUCCGCAGGAGGAUCUCGCAAACCAUUUGGCAGUUUAUCGAGCAUGUCCAGACCUCAAGGAUCACGGAGGAAACCUAGUGGCAAACGAAAUAUCAGCGGCGAGCUCUCUGUCUUCUUUACCGGGGAUCAAAUAUGGGAGGAGCCAGAACAAGAGGGCAGCGAUCGGGGUCGGUCUUCGGAGGUGCGUGACAUGCCAGCCCCUUUGCGUAUCAAGCCUCGAAACCCGCUCAAUCGAGUCCAAUUCGAUAUGGGUCCACGGUCCAGCAGCACUCCUCCUGAACCGACCAAGAGACUCUCCAUCUCCGAAAUCCACCGGAAUCCACCUUCUCAGUCAAGAAACCCCAACUACACCGCAAACCCUGUUCCCACGGGCCAGACUCCCAGUUCGAAGCCUGUAGAUGAAGGAAGAGCGCCGGCCGUACCUAUGAAGGACGGGCUCGAGAUCAGAGGCGAGGAUAUUCGACAAGCUACCAGUAUGCGUCUCAAAGACCGCAGUCCCAAAUUGCCAACACCAACUGCAGUAAGCAAUAAGCCGGGUCGCCCGAUUGUAAGCUUUGACUCAAAUUGGAAGCCGAAGGAGGCUGAUAUAAAGUCAGAAGUGCGAAGAAGAUCGCCAUUUGAUCGAGGAACCUCCAGUAGUCAAAGGGAGAGCUUACCUGCUCGCGCAGAUCAGAAGGAUACCACACCCCCGAUCCCGACCAUUCAGAUUCCUGACGAUCCCCCAGUCCAAGUAAAGAGAGCGAAUACGGUUCCUGUUCCUGUCAUCAACCUCCCAGAUUCUACUCCUUCUGUCCCUACAAUAAAUCUGCCAGACGCGAAGCCGAGCAUCCCGACGAUAAACUUCCCUGAUUCUACGCCGUCUGUCCCUACGAUUAGCCUCCCCGAUGCAUCUGCAAUAUCUGUCUCAGCCCCUGAUAUCCCGCAAAUUAACGUUGGUUCUGCUCCUUCCACUACUCAGUCAAAGAGACCCCUUCCUACACCAAAGCCUUCUGCUGGCCGUCCAGCACCUCACCAUGCCGCCUCAGCCCCUCCAGCGAUCCCACGAGGUCACUGGUCCCCCGCUGCUGGGUUCACUGGGAGACGAGCAACAGCGACAUGUCAUCAAUGCCAACUUCCUAUAGAAGGCAAAGUUGUCAAGCUUGGCGGCUCUGCGGAGCACUUCCACCCUGAAUGUUUCAUCUGCUUCACCUGCGGCACCGGCCUCGAAUCCCUCGAAAUCCACCCCGAACCAAAAGCCAAAUGUGCCGAGCGCCUCGACCGGAUCAGACGUCGCGCUCGCGGCGAAGAAGUCCCCGAGGUCGAAGGUCAAACCAUGGCUGAAGACGGUGACGAACGUUUACGCUUUUACUGCCAUCUAGACUUCCACGAGAACUUUGCGCCUCGCUGCAAACACUGCACUACCACCAUCAUCGGGGAGCAUCUCGUUGCGCUGGGACAUAGCUGGCAUUACGGCCACUUCUUUUGCGCGGAAUGCGGUGAUCCUUUUGAAAAGGGCAUGACGCACAUCGAGAAGGACGGUUACGCAUGGUGUCUGAGCUGCCAGACGAAGCGCACGGAACGUCAAGCUCCCAAGUGCAAGAAGUGCAACCUCGCCGUUAUCGGUGAGUACGUGCAAGCUCUGGGUGGCGAGUGGCACGAGAAGUGCUUCCGGUGCGCGACAUGCCAGAGCGGCUUCGACGACGGGGCCUUCUACCCGCUGAAGGUUGGCGAGGGCACCGCGGUGCUGUGCUUGAGGUGUAUCGAGCGGGAGUUGAAGGCUUGA